UAGUGAUUGAGCUGACAAUGAGAAAAUAAGUGAAGAAAGAAAAAAGGGGGAAGGUUUAGAAAAGACACUGACUUACAUCGAGAAACUUUUAUUAGAUUAGAACAUAUGAAGAAGACAUUUUUUUCUUCCUCUUCUUCAUAUCUUACUUAGUAAGCCCGUAGGAGGCUUGAACAGAAAGUGAAGAGGAAACAGUCUGACAGCGUCUGCAUCAACGACGAGCCAUGAAUAAGAAUUCUCUCCGUGUGUUUUUCGUCGUUGCCUUUCUGCAAGCAGGCGUCUCUAACAGCAGUGUAAAUAUCAGACAGAGGCAGGAGGGAGAUCGCCUAAACGUCACCUGUGUCCUGUUUGGUAAAGAGAAUCUAACCCAGGUCACCUGGGAGAAGCUGCAAGACACGAAUCGCACCAGCAUGGGUGUAUUUCAUCCCCACUAUGGCAUCCACAUAGAAUCCAGGCAGGCCGGCAGAGUAAAGAUCGAGGGGACUCAACGUCCUCUUGCCUACUCGUCUCUCUCUGUGGAGCUGGAAGCUUUAAAUAAGAGCGGGCAGAUCUGCUGUGUGUUCAUGACGUUUCCUUCAGGCAACCUGAGGCAAUGUGCCAAGAUUGGUGACAGUGAAGAAAUGAUUGACAGCAGUGCCACAAAAACUGCAGCACAUGGUGCCAAACAUGAGCUGGGCAUAUUCGGACAGCUGGGAGCAGUAAUAAUCGGCUCCAUUCUUUCCCUCCUAUUCUUCAUCACCUCUUUCUACUUUUGUCACAGGUGUUGCUGUAGAAGGAGACGUGUGUUCAAUGUGGAGCAGCCGUAUCUCACAGACCCUCCGGCAUCUACAGAGACACACACAGAGGAGAGACCUGCACAACAUGCUGCCCCUGGCUUUGACCCCACAAAACUGUAUGCAAAGAUUAAAGAGGAUUUCUACUAUGGCCGGCUUUGGAAGUCCUACCAAGGCAGAUCCAGGAUACCUACACAAGGAUCUCCGUCUCCCCCGAGACAGAUUUACUACCGUCUAGGUGAGAGGCCUGUACCACAGAGAGAGGAGGAAGGAGCAACCAAAGGCCCAGACACAGUGACGUCAUCACCAUCAGACACCAGCAACUGAGCGUGUCCUCACCCACUGCUGACUACAAGCCAUCAUUUGCUACAAUACAACAAAAAAGCAAUAGCCUGUGCAAUCAUGUAAGAGGAAGUAAUACUGGAAAAGGAUUACUAUAAGCAACAUAAUGCCCUAGCAUGCACUAUAUAUCAAUGCAAAAACUGCUGUUUUUGGUCUGUAUGUCUUAGACUCUGAUUUAUAAGAGCUUGCUUGAAACUACGUUGGAAUCGAAUACACUUGCACACUUGCAUGCAGCUGAUACAGUAAAUCUCAAUGUGUACGAAGUUAUUUUUUGUUUGAACUGAAAACAGGUUCACAUACUUUGAUUAUUACAUAUGAUAUAUUUCAGGUAAAUAAACUAUAGGUUAACAUUUGUAA